GUGGAAUGAUCCUACUGAGAGCAGGAAGAUGCAUGAGGACUUGACAAGGACUUACUUCACACCGAACGAGGUUGCUUCACACAACUCAUCGCAAAAUGACUGCUGGGUGUCCUUUCUGGGAAGAGUGUACAACCUGACAGAUCUCAUACUGGAGAACAAAGGUUGGUAUGAAGAUGCGGAGAAGAGGAGAAGAAUGACUGUUAAGCUUGCAGGAGCUCUGAUCCAGCCCAUCGCGGAUGCGGCAGGGAAGGACAUAUCGCACUGGUUUGAUCCGAAGGGGGAUGUUAAGAGGCACAUCAAUAUGGAGACGGGGAUAGAGGAAUACUACACUCCGAUGGGACGAUUUCUCCACAUUCCGCCGUCUGAUCCUAGCAUGGACUUCAAUACAGACUUCGAUCUCCCUUGGUGGAAAGAUCAUGAAUCUGCUGAGCCGAAAUAUUGGGUGGGAAUGCUGUCAAAGAAGACGAGGAUGAUUCGGAUCGUAAACAUGUUGACAAAGGAUGAGCACACAGUAGAGGUCUGUUCGGAAGACAUUCUCGAGCAGAUUCAAAGCAAGUAUCUCAUGCACAACAAGCAUGCCGCGAGCUACACCUGGAAGAGGUUGCCUCGUCCUGGGGUUGAGAAGGAGAUGGUUGUGUUGGACAUGAAGAAAACAUUGGAACAGAACGGGGUUGUGGACGAGAGUGAAGAGUUUGAAGAGCUCGGGUUGGAUGACGAUUAUUUCAUCCCUUCCUUGCACUUGUAUUACAAAGACGACCUCACGGUUGCGUGAAGACAUUAAAGAAGACUGAGAUUU